CCAUAAUUCCCCGCGCCAGGACAAGAUGGAAGAAAGCAGCAGCAGCCGGAGAACAAUGUUUUGGCAUUAAACCCCCAAAGCGGCGAAUGCGGAGAAAAUACAGGCACGUUUGAAGCCAACUGCGGUCAUGUGUAGGACAUCCUCCUCCUACAUUCCUCUUUAGAUUAAUAACCCUCCUUCAUCCCUGCACAAAUAAAAGCACCACCAUGAGUAUUAUCCAAGACAAACUAGGCAAUGAGUUUUUGCGCAAUGGUGGCAUGGACCCCAAUUUUGCACCGGGCAUGCUUAUGUUCAGCCACCUACCGCCAGUCACCAGCUUUACACGGCUGGCCCCCCAGUCUGUUAUGGGCGAGCUCCCCCAGGAGAUGAACCUGAAGAAAGAACGUGACUCACCCCCAGAGCACCAGGGUCCCACAGUGGCAAACACAGGUGGCUUCCUCCACAGCAUGGGUAUCAAGCAGGAGCGGCUAAGUGAGCUGGACUACCGUAUGCCACUCUACGCUGGGGGUGGAGGAGUAGGGGUGAAUUGUGCUGGAGGGGGCGCGGGGAAGAACAGCACUGACAUGCCGGACAUGUCUUUCGGCAACCACCACCAAAAUCACCAGAACCUGCUCCUGCAUGACCUCAAUCUCAGCAAUGUUCGUCCGCUUGGAGAACCGAUGCCUGGAAGAUCGGGUAAAGAGCCAAAAGAGUCCUCAGGUAGAAGAGGGCGAAGGAGCAAUGGUGAUGGACAGGGAGGCAAAGCCAGAAGGAAACGCAACGAUGCUGCAAAGUCAAUGAUGUUGGAUUCGGAUGGAGCCUGCCUGUCCCCCAACUCAAAACCACAUAUCUGUGAGCACUGUAACGCUGCCUUCCGCAGCUCAUACCACUUGCGCAGACAUGUGCUCAUACACACAGGUGAGAGGCCUUUCCGGUGCAGUCAGUGUAACAUGAGUUUCAUUCAGAAAUACCUGCUGCAGCGGCAUGAAAAGAUUCACAGCGGAGAAAAGCCUUUUAGCUGCGAUCAGUGUAACAUGCGGUUUAUUCAGAAGUACCACAUGGAGCGGCACAAAAGGACACACAGUGGCGAGAAGCCAUAUCGCUGCGAUACCUGCCAACAAUUUUUCUCGAGAACAGACCGGUUACUGAAGCACAAACGAACUUGUGGAGAAGCCAUAAAGAAGGGCCUGGACCCAAGCAUGCUGGAGCUCAGCGAAGCGGAGCUAGGCCAGGGCAGCUAUUCACUUACUCAGGGAAACUCUACCACCUCUGGACGUAAGAGGGCCAAGUCCAAAAACGGCGAGGGCGGCGAGCGCAAGAGGAAGAAGAAUGCCACGGCGUCUGUGGGAGCCGCCUCCUCGUCUGGAGAUAUGGCUGGCAACCUGGGCUUGCAGGACUUCAACAUGGAACACCAUUCAGGGCCCACCAUGCAGGGCCGUUCCCCCAAGUUGGUGUUUAAAAAAGCAGGCCGCAAGGGCUUGGACAAAGGCCUUCUCUCGCUGGAAGACAGUGCUGACAGACAAAAACUAUUGAGCCAGAAGCCUGACUCCAUGGAUCACGUGGAAGGCUCUGGCCUCGACAACAUGGGUCUGCUCCAAGGAGCCGGGGACAACAAGCAGGGCCCCACCACCAGCAGCAACUAUGAUGAUGCAAUGCAGUUCGUGAAAAAGCGGCGCUACCUCCAUGCAGUUAACAGUGAUUAUGGAGCUUCCUCGCUGCACAUGUCAUCCCAGGGCGGUAGCGUAAUCCAAGGCACCCUGGGGCCUGAGCCUACAUUGGCCAUGCUGGACUCAUCGCCUUUGGAACUCAAGCACGACAAGUCUGGGAUCCCAGAUGAAGUCCUACAAAGCCUACUAGACCAUUAUAGCCAAAAGCCAGAGGGUGCACAUCAUCAUGACGUGACCUUUGACCUGUCGGAUCACCCGCACCAUGUUGACCUACAACCAGCAGCACCCGUUACCCCCGAGCUGGAUGAUGACUCGCCCAAUGGUGGUGAUAAGACAGCAGUGAUGAACGAGUAUUCAAAGUUCCUCCUGCAGGCCCUGGAGCGCACCAGUCACAGCGGACCCUUCCCAAGCCUUGGCCCAACAGGGCCUUUUCCACUCCUGUCCAGCAGCUCCAGUCCCACAGGGCCUUUGUUCUCUGACAAACACGUGUACACCACAUCCCCGCUGGAUUGUGGAUACCCACCUGCUGUCUCAUCCCCAGUGCCCAUUGUUGCCCCUUCAUCCUCCUCCUCCUCAUCGUCUUCAAAGUCCCACUAUGGCAUGCUCGUUGGCUCCCCCUCUCAGACGGGCUAUCACCUCAGCUUGGAAUCUACCAGCCACCAGCAGCUGACUCCAUCUCAGGAGCUGACCGAGCAGUUGGAGAAGCAACACCACUCCCCUGGCGCCUUCAACCUACCUCCCCAGGACCUCACUGUCACAGCAGAUGGCUCUAAUGGGCAGCAGUCCAAGGCUGGAGCGAGCGCUGCACCGACCAAUGGCUCGAGCUACCCAGACCUGUCCCCUCUGACCACCUCUAAAGAAACCACGUAUCAGAUCGAGAACUUUGCCCAGGCCUUUGGCUCCCAGUUCAAGUCCGGGCGGCGAACCCCUCUGAGCUAUGCCAGCGAUGCGGGGGCAGAGGUCGACCACAGAAUAAGGACUCCAGUGUCGGAAUUCUCAGGGUAUACCAGUUUGUUAGCUGAUGUCAGUGAGCCAGUAAGUACAGGAUCAAAAACCCCAACAAGCCAAAGUUUCAGAUAAGGGUCAAACGAGGUGAAUCCAGUAGGGGCCUGUUCUGUUGCUGUCCACACGGUCUCUAUACACAACCCAAUUCUGUUCUUGUAGCAACGUUUGUUUUUUAACACUGCCAUUAAAUGUUAAUACAGAUGACCAGGGAUAGUCCUCCAUGGCCUCAAAUGCAAUUUUUAAAAUAUGCUCAUUUUUAUUAUGUAUUUAGUCACUUCAGUUCUGUUUAAGAGUAGUGAUUUUUGAUAUGACUGUAUCGUAGAUUUAAAUGUAAUUUAAAACAUUUAGAGGGUAGCUAUGAACUUGUUUGAUUUCCUUUUUCUGAACUCUUGUGUUAUCAAUCAUAAUACCAUUGUAAAGUAAUAAUGAAUAAUGUUUGAUAAUUUCAAUAAUAAUAACAUUUGUGGCAGGGAAAGGCCCAGAAUUCAAAUGGCAAAAAAAGUAUAUAUUGUCUGUUACAAGAAACGUAUUAACUCAGGAAAAUAGGCAAAAUUGUGUAAUAAGACUUUGUAUUAUGAGAUGCAAUUAGCACAGUUUUUACAGGUGUAUUUGAGACUUCAAAGCUUUGAUUUUGUUUUUACUUGUCAGUACACACAUUACUAUAGAUGAUCAUGUUUGGUUUUGUGGCUUUGUGGAGAUUAUGGUACUGUGUCAAUGUGAAGAGCCACGCGUGAACAUCCAGUAGGGGCGAUUGAAGACUUCAGGCCGUUUGGAAAUGAAGACGUCCGGACGCCGCUGUGGUUUUGUCUUUUGAUGAAGUGUCUGACCGUGCACUCCUCUGAUUGCGUCCGCCAGUCGCCUGUGGAGAGACGGGUCAGGCGUUACGACCACCUUAGAAAGCAAAGGAAUACCAAGCCGUGAAUUCACUCCUCAUGCUGUCGCUGGAGUGAUUUCCUUUUAUAAACCAGUCAUCACUUUUCUACUCCGCUCCUUGUUCUUUGUGUUUCAGUAGAAUCAAACAAGCACUUUUAAAAAAAAAAAGAAAUCAUCAUUGGACAUUACAACAACCAAUUCAAUUUACAUGUGACACCUGAUUAUUAUGUUAAUGAUUAUUAUUUUAAGAGGAGAAAACUGUGAACAGGGGUGGGUGGGGGGGGUUGCUUAUUGUUUGAUAGGGAUUGACUAGGCAUGACCAUGGGCAUUUAAAUGUAUUUUAUUGCUUUUCUCUCAAUGGUAGAAGAGAGGGGUUGGGCUGGGGGCUCUUCUUACGGUUUGUCGGGUGAUAUUGUAAAAAGAUUUGCCAUAAUUUUGUUAUACAAUAUUUUGAGAGUACCUCUUUGUAUUUAAGUGUUUUGAGAGAUGGGCUGACAUGCUGGAACCCCUAUUUCCCACAAGUAUGUUGGAUGCAUACUGAAACCCUUUUAUUUAUUCUCCACUAGCCACAACAGAACUGAAUAGCUGAUUUUAUUUUGGCAAGUAGUCACCGGACCUACAGCUCUACUCCCAUUCCCUCCCUUGUUUUGUUUUAUUUUAUUUUUUGUUUUAUUUUCUUUCUUUAUAAAUCCUAAAGUUUUAGUAAUGUCAAGAUACUGCUUCCGAAAUCCCAUGGCGAAACAGUAAAGUUCUACCCAAGCCCUCGUCCCAAAAUGCAGCCCUGCACUCACAAGAAUAAACAAUGGCCUUCUUUGUCUUCCGUGGCUGAAGCCAUGCUAUCCUGGCGGCCGGGGUUGAUAUUUAAUUUAGCUGAUUUCCUGUGAGCCGAACAACCCCCCCCCCCCUUUCCUAUUCCUACGUCUGCGAGCUCCACAGCCAAGAGACUUUGAAGCUGCUCAGAUCACAGGGAACAAAGACUGACUGACCAGCCACUUCACUCCAAACUCACACUAUGCUUUUAAAGGACAGAAAAGGAGUGGGUGAGACCCGGAGGGGGGGGAGACAAUACGAUUGACCUAAAUAUACCUCAUAUCACUAAAGCGUAAGAAAAGCAGGGACACGCAUUUCAUAUAUGUAGUGAAAUAAUUGUAGUAUAGGUUCAACAUAUUGUAUAAUCAUUUAACACUGCCUGUGUUUACAAUUAUAGAGCAAAUGAGCUGUCAAAAUGCAAAUGUAUUAUGUUUGUUUGUUUUUUUUUCUGUACAAACAUCCAAGCCAAGCAGUGUUGCAUUCUAGAUGCCUAGAACAUUCACUUUUCUCGUUAUAUCCCUUAUUUUUGUUACUUGCCAUAAUGUGUUUUGAUAUGAUCUCUAGAAGGAUAUUGUUUACAAAAAUGUGCAAAAACACUAAAAAUGUGUGUUCUCAACUCUUUUUUUUUGUUUUUUUUCUUGAGUAUGCAUGAUAAAGACAUUUUUGUAUGGCUUUUUUUCUGACUGUCACCUCAAUACCAAAUUUUGUAGCAGAGGCCUCCCCGUUCCUUUGUCUUAUUUGUUCUAGACCCCUUGUGAUCCAAUUUCCCGGGCUGUACCUGUUAUUGAGAUGAUGACCGGAUUAGAGAAGCCAAUAAACUUUUUGUUACAAAAAGUACAA